AUGUCGCGCUAUAGAGGACCUCGUUUGAGAAUAUGCAGAAGAUUAGGAGAUUUACCUGGUUUAACAAGAAAAAAUUCAAAAAAACAAGUACCAGCUGGAGAGCAUGGCCAGCAAUUACGAAAACCAUCAGAAUAUGCUUUAAGACUAGAAGAAAAGCAAAAAUUAAGAUUUAAUUACGGUCUAAGUGAAAGACAAUUAUUAAGAUAUAUAAAAAUAGCAAAAAAAGUACAAGGGUCUACUGGUCUAGUAUUAUUACAAAUACUAGAAAUGAGAUUAGACAACAUUAUUUUUAGAUUAGGUAUUGCACCAACAAUACCAGCAGCUCGACAAUUAGUUAAUCAUAGGCAUAUACUAGUAAACGAAAAGAAUGUCUCUAUUUGCAGUUAUCAAUGUAAAGCUGGUGAUACUAUAAAAAUUAGGGAUAAAGAAUCAUCUAAAGCACUAGUAGAAAAUAAUAUUCAAUUUCCAGGCUUGAUUAAUUUAGCUAGUCAUUUGGAAUUGGAUAAAAGAAACUUAAUCGGGAAAGUCAAUAGUAUAAUUGACAGAGAGUGGGUUGCUUUACAAUUGAACGAAUUACUUGUCGUUGAAUAUUAUUCAAGAAAAUAA